CUUAAUACACCUGCUGUCCUCAAUGAAAUAUGGGCAGAACCAAAUGUAUUUCAUAGCGCAUCAAAUGAAAAGUCGUUAUACGGUGUCUCAACCAGAUUUACGCUGAAUCCAGCUGCGGAACGGCGGGAACUGAGUUCUGACCAUCUGCAUCUCGCCUUGGGAAGAAGCUGUCACCAUCGAAGUGGAUAUGUUGACAUUAACGUGAAGAUGGGUUUAGUUUUCGGUCUCUUGUGGCUGUUCAACAUAUUUUUGGAGGGCAUUCAUUGCCAAGGAGUGUAUGCACCUCCUACUGUCCGAAUAAUCCACUCUGGCCACGCAUGCAACAUCGAGGAGGAGCGCUACACCGAGCGCGUCUACACCAUCCGGGAGGGAGAGACCCUGGAGCUAGCAUGUCUGGUCUCAGGCCACCCUCGACCUCAGAUCCGGUGGACCAAAACGGCCGGUAGCGCCUCCGACCGCUUCCAGGACUCCAGUGUGUUCAACGAGACCCUGCGCAUCAUCCGGAUCCAGAGGCACCAGGGCGGACGCUACUACUGCAAGGCCGAGAAUGGCCUGGGCUCACCGGCCAUCAAGUCGAUCCGAGUGGACGUCUACUAUUUGGAUGAUCCCAUCGUAACCGUCCACCAGAGCAUCGGGGAGGCUAAGGAGCAGUUCUACUAUGAGCGGACGGUGUUCCUGCGCUGCAUGGCCAACUCCAACCCCCCGGUGCGCUACAGCUGGAGGCGGGGCAAAGAGUUCUUGUCCCAAGGCUCGGAUAAGGGCGUGGAGAUCUACGAGCCCUUCUUUACACAAGGGGAGACCAAGAUUCUAAAGCUGAAGAACCUUCGACCUCAGGAUUACGCCAACUACAGCUGUAUCGCCUCUGUCCGGAAUGUGUGCGGCAUCCCCGAGAAGAAUGUUCUCUUCAAACUCUCUAACAAAACAGCAUCCCCCACCAUUAAACUGCUGGUGGAGGACCCUAUCGUGGUGAACCCCGGGCAGUCCGUGACCCUGGUGUGUGUGACCUCCGGUGGGGAGCCAACACCCACCCUCACCUGGGUGCGCAACACGGAUGAGCUGUCCAAGAAAAGCCGACUCAACGGGGGAACCCUCACGCUGCCCGCCAUCUCCAUGGAGGAAGCAGGAGUCUACAGUUGCGUGGCCAGCAACAACGUCGGCAACCCAGCUAAGAAGUCCACUGCCAUCGUGGUCCGAGGGCUAAAGAAGGGGCGCUUCUGGAUCACGCCUGACCCGUACCACAACGACGACAACAUCCAAAUCGGGCGCGAGGUCAAGAUCUCCUGCCAGGUAGAGGCAACGCCCUCCGAGGAGCUUCUGUUCAGUUGGCUGAAGAAUGGCCGGCCGCUGCGCAGUUCGGAGCGCAUGGUCAUCACCCACACCGACCCCGACGUCCAGCCCGGCACUACCAACCUGGACAUCAUUGACCUCAAGUUCACAGACUUUGGCACGUACACCUGCGUGGCGGCGCUGAAGAACGGCGGCAUCCCUGAAGUCAGCAUCGACGUCAAUAUCUCUUCGACUACAGUCCCUCCGGAGCUGACGGUGCCGCGAGGCAAGUCCCCCAUGGUGGUCCAGGAGGGUGACACAGUGGACCUGCAGUGCCUGGUGUCUGGGAAGCCCAAGCCCAUCAUCCUCUGGUCGAGGGCUGACAAGGAGGUGCCUAUGCCCGAUGGCAGCCUUCAGACAGAAAGCUACGAUGGUGUGCUGCGCAUAGUCAAUGUCUCGCGGGAGAUGACUGGAACCUACCGUUGCGCCACCAGCCAGUACAACGGCUUCAACGUGAAGCCCCGGGAAGCACUGGUGGAGCUCACCGUGCAAUAUCCGCCGGUGGUGGAGCCGGUGUUCACAGAGAUCCGCCAGGGUCUGGGUCGCGCCUUCACCCUCAACUGCCGGGUGCUGCGGGCACACCCGUCCAAAGUGCUCAAGUACGAGUGGAAGCUGGGUACCAGGCUGCUGACCAUGGGCCAGUUCGACCAGCGCGACGAGACGGACUACCACGUCAGGGCACUCAAUAGGGAGGGCUACGGGGAGUACACCUGUGAAGUGACCAACGAGGCCGGGGCAGGUGCCUGCAGGUUCUUAGUCACAGGGAGGGCCUAUGCCCCAGAGUUCUACUAUGACACAUACAGUGCGUUGUGGCAGAACCGGCCCAGGGUCUACGGCUUCAAGCUACAGUGGACCCAGCAGAACCCCCUGUCUGUGGACCGCAUCGUGGCCUACCGACUGGGGAUGAAACAGACGGGCCAGUCGAGGUGGUGGGAGCAGGAGAUCCCCAUGGAGGGAGCAAUUGCCAUGGGCGAGCUGAUCACCCACAACCUGACGGAACUCAUCAAGCCCGAGGCCUACCUGGUCCGCCUCACCCCCAUCACACGCUUCGGAGAGGGAGACUCCACAGACAGAAUCAUCAGAUACAGUGCACCAGUCAACCCUCACUUGAGAGAGUUCCAGUGCAGCUUUGAAGAUGAGGCCGUGUGUAUGUUCACCCAAGACAAGACGGAUGACUUUGACUGGACCCGACACAGCGCCGCCACCAGAGACACCAAGUACACGCCCAACACCGGGCCCAGCAGUGACCGAGCGGGCUCCAAGCAAGGUUUCUACAUGUACAUUGAGACGUCUCGACCUCGCCUGGAGGGAGAAAAGGCUCGACUGUUGACCCCCACAUUCAACGUUGCCCCCAAAAGCCCUUAUGGGACUGUGACCGCCACUCCCACCUACUGCUUUGGCUUCUACUACCAUAUGUAUGGGAAACACAUAGGGGCGUUGAAUGCGUACCUACGGCAGAAGGGCCACUCGGGCUCAGACAGUUCCUUGUGGAACUUGGUCGGGAACCAAGGGGACCGAUGGAAGCAAGCCAAAGUCAACAUCCACCCAAUAGCCUCUUUCCAGUUGGUUCUGGAAGGAAUUCGUGGUCCGGGUAUAGAAGGCGAUAUCGCCAUAGAUGAUGUCACCAUUGAGGAAGGAGAAUGUAAAGACCCUCCACCCAACAAUCUAAGGUCACUGUCUCCUCCUACCACGCCCCAUAUAUGGCAGUUCUUGGUCACCCUGACCCUGGUCUUUGUGGGCCUUCAGAGGUGACCCCUCUCUCCCAGGAGGAGCAACCUGACGUCGGCCCAACCCCAGUGGAAGAGUUUGCAGACAUGGACUGUCCAAACCCCAAAAACUACCAAAGAUUCACUCCUUUUCAGUCUGCAGGAGAGCAACAGCCCAGCAUUGGUCCAGGGUGGAGCAUGAAGGAAACAAAAAAACUCAGUUCAUCCGGAUUUUUCUGAAAUAUGCACAGAGCGCACUCCACGGUCAAGAUGGAGAGUCGAGCUCUCCAUAGUCUCCGUAUUACGGACUCCAGUUCAUCCUUUUUUCUGCAGCUGAAGCAAUCGAGGCAGAGUAUGGGUACAUUUCUGUAAAGCACAAGGACGCGUGGUGUGGUUCCAUUUAUUAUUAAAUGGGCCAUAGAAUGAUGAUAAUUGAUUGGUGUGGAAGAGUUUGAUUUUUAUGUAUGUCGAGAAAUGUACAAAAUUCGUUCAACAACCCACACUGACCCCGAAGCUAUUUUCUCAUGAAUAUGAUAGAGGUUAGUAUUCCUCUGGGUUCUGGCUUUUCACCUCUCUUAAAACUUGGAGGCUGCCUAUGGUCGAAUUCAUCAAAAUGUGCAUAAACAAACACAUUUGCAUACUUUCUACCCAGAGGCUAGACUUUGACUGCUUGGUGCAUUAUAUGUAAAUCUAUAAGUCAAUUCAUCAUAAUUAUUUCUUUGUCUGUCCUUUUUUUCCCUUUUUGUUCUCUCUUCAAGGUUUGCGUAAUGUUGGUUUCAUUACAGUGUGCAUACACUUGUUCUCUAGGUCACUCUAUUAUGCAGUAGCUGAACUAUGGUGCAUUGUAUGCCUCAUGUGUAAUCAACCUCUAGACUCCUCGUAGUGGAAGCACUAUGAGAUUGAGAACUUAGAUCCUUUCGAUGUACUGUAGGGGCUUCUCUGUGUCCCACCUGCCCUAAAAUUUCAGAAGGCGAUUUAAUAAACAGGGACAUGACACAUCUUUCUUUCAUUACCUAAAAGGGAUUGGCGAGGGAGUAUUGUGUUUUUCCCUCCCUUAAGUACUCUAGGCUUUAUUAACAAUGGUAAUUGCAAUCAAAUCAAACUUUAUUUGUCACAUGCGCCGAAUACAACAAGUGUAGACUACCGUGAAAUGCUUACUUACAAGCCCUUAACCAACAGUGCAGUUCAAGAAGAAGAAAAUGUUUACCAAGUAGGCUAAAAUAAAAAGUAAUAAUAAAAAGUAACACAAUAUGAAUAACAAUAACGAGGCUAUAUACAGGGGGCACCGGUACUGAGUCAGUGUGCGGGGGUUCAGGCUAGUCGAGGUAAUCUGUACAUGUAGGUGGGGGCGAAGUGACUAUGCAUAGGUGACAAACAAACAGCGAGUAGCAACAGUGUACAAAGGGAGGGAGAGUCAAUGUAAAUUGUCCGGUGGCGAUUUUCUGAAUUGUUCAGCAGUCUUAUGGCUUGGGGGUAGAAGCUGUUGAGGAGCCUUUUGGUCCUAGACUUGGCGCUCCGGUACCGCUUGCCGUGCGAUAGCAGAGAAAACAGUCAAUAACAAGCCCUUUGUAUGAAAGGUGAGCUUUUAUCCUCAUCUCUCUUUAUUUAGUUGCCAUUAUCGAACUAAGCUUCUCGAUUGGAGCCUUCUUUCUCCUUUCACCUCCUGACCAAUCAUAAUUUAGUCAGGUCAAGUCAUAUGUGGUGCUUAAAGACCAGAGCAGUGUGUAUUCCAAUGCCCUCUGAAUCAUCCUCCUGUAACAUACCUUACUUUAAGGACAUUGGAGAAAAUUCAAGCUCAUUUGAAUUUAAGUUGUAGUAGUUUGACUCGCGCUCCUUCUUGCAACUGCCAAGAUUAACACCCGUUUCCAAUAGAAGUCAUUAUCUUGACCUUUGAUUUCAGCAUGGCUCCAUAAAGCACAUAGAAAUAGGUGCAAAAAAGAAAAACAUUGAAUGUCAACACUCUUUCUCUCCCUGCAUGAGUUGCUCAUUGAUCAUGAUACAGUUCCCAUACAGGCUUUUGGCAGUCUUUUGGAAGGUUACUUUAUGAGCAGUCAAAAGAGCAGUGUUUUGCAUCUUUUGGUCAUAUCUCAACAGCUAGUCCUCUCGAGAUAAGAUAAGGCACUGCUGUCUGACAUGAAAUCAAGUGCCUUCAGACUUAGUGCAAAUUCUCAUGAAUGGAAAAACCAACAUGGGCUAUUUGACCAUACAAGCAUUUGCACCGUAGGCACAUUUUAUAGAGAGAAGAAAAGUAUGUGAUCUGCAGCUAACUCCCAUCUCCACACAGCUCUUUUUAUUUUGACCCAGGAAAUGACUUACUACCCUUGACAGUCCAGGCUUUUUGAGUGGGGACUUGUGCUCGAGCGGAGGAAGGAUGGUGGCCCAGCUUUGUCAGAGUGACUGAGUGAGAACGGGGAGCUCUUGGACAUAAACAAUGGGCUCUGACAAAAAAACAACUUGGAGGGAUGGAUGCUUUUGAAGUCUCCCCAUUCAUUUCAACUGGACCUGCUGAGAAAAAGACAUUUUUGCGACAAUGUCCAAGGACUGUGAAAGGAGGACGUUUCAGGUGUGACUCUUACGGCUGAUAAUGGUCUUGGUUAACCUGGGUGUUUGUCAGUCAAUUGGAUCAGACUGUCUGGUUCUCACAGACCGACAUAUUUUAGUACUCAAAUGAGAGUGUAACUCUACUUUUACAGAAACUGUAAAAACAUUGGAACUACCUGAGACCAUGAGUUACCUUAACCAGCUGGUUUUUGAAAAACAUUAUUGUAAAAUUACUCUACUAUUGUUCGUAACAAUGUUUUGGGGGAAGGUUUUACAUUCCCCAUUUGUUUUAUUUGGGGUAUUUUUUGUUUUCUGAUUCCUUUUUCUUUACAGAAUAAUUAUAAAUAGGCUAUAAGCUAAUCAAUUUGCUAAACACCCCAGUGCAAAAGAUUCCAUAAAAAAACAUUUGUCAGUAUUCAUAGAAAAAAAGCACAAGAUGACACAAAAUGGAAUACAAACUGAUUUUGACAAAGAUUUAGGCAUAUACAUUUCCUCUCAGCAACCUGUUAAAAUAAAACAUGUUCUUCCCUGUUCAAUUAAAUUAUUUAUGUAAAUCAUAGCAUGUGUGGUCGGUCACUUUUAAUAAUGAAAAAUAAAAAGAUAUAUUGAACAAUUA